CCAGUUCAUAGUUCUCAAUAAUUUUAGUUCAAGACAUUAUUUUAUUUACUAGGUUCGUGUUCUGCCUCAAGCAAACUCUCGGGAUGUUCGUUCGACUCGGACUCGUGUGAUUUUGUGGACGUUCCAUUUGAUGAUGAUCACGAUUUUGUUUUGAAAUCAAGUGGUGGACAAGAUGGCAACGGUAUGACAUAACGGUUGUUGUAAAACAACUAGUGCUUAAACCAUAGCCUAUCGAAGGGAAGAUGGCUACUCAUUAUCUAUGUUAGUCAACGUUUAUUCAUAAAUAUGGUCCUUCACCGUCACGUGUAUAUUGUAUUUUUGCCAAAUCUACCAAUAGCAAUUUCCAAUUUACCAUAUUGUUCGAGUCACGGAUAGGUAACCUCUCUAAAACAUUGCUAUUGGUUAGUUUUGUAUAUAUGUUUGUAUUACAUGCGAAAAUUGUUACCACUUUCGGCUCAAAAAAAUGGUAACAAUUUCUGCACGUAAUACAAACAUAUUGACAAAAUAUGCAAACUUCGCAAGGUUAUAUUUUCCAUAUUUUACAACAUUUCACAACCAAAUUUUGGUCUAACAUGCAAGUUGCCUAUAUACAGUAUAGCCAUUCCUCUUGUAUCAAGCUACUUCUUCUCCUGAAACUACUGUAGGUUAUAUGUCAUCGUCGGGAAGAGGAAAUGCUGAUCUCAUUGUGCCACUGGAGCUACUUGUUCCUCAUAAUGGCGAUCUUGGAAAUAUGUGCAUGGAAUUCUAUUACAGAAUACGAGGGUAAGCUUGUUUCAUUUUGUGGAAUUAUUUGGUUAGGUUUUCUAGAACUGUUUGUCUAACUUAGAAUAGAAUGAUAGUGGAAUAGGAUGGAACGGAAUGGAAUUUAAUUAGCCUUUCUCACGAAGGCCAAAAUCCGCCAUUUUUGGAGUACUGUCUGCCCUUGUGAAAGAUUCUAGACAAUUCAAACAACGUGAAAAGCGACUUUUGAAAGUUGUAACUGUAAAUUUAUCAUUAUACAAACAACUACAAUACUAAAAAGUUGUUUUUCGUGGUGCGGAGACUCUCGAACGUGGAAGAGGCAGUUCCCCGAAAGGCUAAUUGAACAGAAUGAAAUUGAAUGGUAUAGAAUAGAAAAUAUUAUGUAGGUAGCUUGUGGUGAUAUGAUUUUGGUGUAGAUGCGAUCAAGUUUAGAAUAGAUUCGAACAGGAUUGGAUGGAAUAGAAUGUUUUUGGAGGAGAUCGAAAUAAAAUGGAAUGUUUAACAAUAUUUAAAUGGAAUAUCGACUUUCUAGUGGAUCGCUGAAUGUUUACCAAGUGACAAAUGCAAAGGGUUAUCGAAAAGAAAGCAAGCUCAGAUUGUCUGACUCCCAGGGCUCGUGGAAGAAGGCGAGGAUGACUUUCCGAGCGUCACAGAAGUAUCACGUUAGUAAAACACAAUCUUUUCCGGUUUACUCUAUAAACGUCAGUUUUCACAGUGUAAUGAUCACACGGUUAUGAUUAAAGUAAUAAUUAAGGUAAUAAUUAAGGUUAUGAUGAUUAAGGUAAUGAUUAAGGUAAUAAUUUAAGUAACAAUUAAGGUAAUAAUUAAGGUAAUAAUUAAAGUAUUAAUUAAGGUAAUAAUUAAAGUAAUAAUUAAGGUAAUAAUUAUUAAAGUAAUAAUUAAGGUAAUAAUUAAAGUAAUGAUUAAGGAAUUAAUAAAGGUAAUAAUUUUGGUAAUAAUUAAGGUAAUAAUUAAAGUAAUAAUUAAGGUAAUAAUUAAGGUAAUAAUUAAAGUAAUAAUUAAGGUAAUAAUGAUCAAAGUAACAAUUAAGGUUUUGAUUAAUUUAAUGCAAUAAUUAAGGUAUUCAAAUGAUUAAGAUGAUAUAUAAUAAAAUGAUUAAGGUAAUGAUUAAAUUAAUGAUAUGGUAAGGCAGGUUAAUAAUUUGCUGUUUUUUAAAAUUAACCAACUUCAAGGAAGUAUAGGGAUUUUGAUUACAGUCUAAAGAUUUGAUGGUCACAAUGUUGUUGAAACAUGAGUAAACAAUAAAAAAUGUAUUGUUCUUUCAGCUCUUGCUUCGUGCAACUCCCAGCUCAGGAUCUGUCGACAUUGACAAUGUUCGAUUUUGCGAUACAUGCAAUUAAAAGGUAUAGUGCAAUCUGUUGAACG